AGAUAUUUACAUUUGAUUAUUUGUAUAUAUUUUCAAGUAUUUAAACGAACUUAAAAGUAUCAUAUAUAUUCUGGAUGUUUUUAUAAUAUUUAAUCUAAAAAAUAAUUAAUAUAUAUAAGUAUAUAAAUCUAUUUAGGAUACCCAAAAUACUUCGGUUCGGAUCAGAUUAGGUUUCAGUUCUUCAAAUAUCAAAAUUUUGAAUAAUUCGGAUAUUUAAUCAAUUCGGAUUCGGAUUUGGUAUUACUUAUUCGGAUUGUGAUCGGUUCAGUUUUUCGAAUUCGAGUUUUUUUUCCAACCCAAAAUAGUGACAUAUAAAACAAAUUGCAUCAGAUUGUUUUAAAAAUACAUCUGCGCCCCCGCGCGGAUCAAAAUAGUGCUAAAUUAUACCAAUACCAACCGAACUACAAUUACAUUGUAAAAGUAGACUUAAUUCCACAGCUACUUUUUCAGAAUACAAACGAUGAUGGUUAUAUGUGCUUAUUGAAAUUUGAGAUUUAAUAGGAAUUUUAUUUUGAUAAACUGAUACUAUUUUGGUUUCUCUUGUCCAUCAUUUUCCAUUAAAGAAAAUAACAAACAAAAUACCAUUUAAAAGUAGUUUAGUUAAUCACUUCAUCUGAACCUCCACAUGAUUUGUUCACAUGCUUUAUCUACGGAUACGGAUCUUACCGUUAACUCCACCCAAAAGGCCAAAUUUGCAUUAUUAUUAUUUUUGGUAAAAGCCAAACUUGCAUUAUUAUCAUAGUUAACUUGUUUUAUUAUAUUUUUAUUGAUUAAUAUAAGUACAACGCAAACGUGUAGAUGUAGGUCACACUGGCAGGCUCAUGUGAUCAACAUCUUGCCGUUAACUCCACCCAAAAGGCCAAAACUCGCAUUUUUAUGUCUUUUGGUAAAAACCAAAAAAAAAAAAUUUAGAGAAAAUAUAUAUGAAGGCAAAAGCUUGCAUCGUUAUUUUGUUGGUAAAAACAAAAACUUCCAUUAUCAUAGUUGCUUUAUUAUAUUUUAUUGAUUAAUAUAAGCACAACACAAACGUGUGGUAAAUCAUUAUCACUCUUCUUUACUUUGAGUCACAGAAUUAAUUUUUUUAAUAUAGAUUUAAAUGCAUAAUUUUUCUUUUAAAAAAUGUGAUUGUCGCGUUGAGCUUUCUUCUUGUGUCCUCUUUGGAAAUGUUGGAUUCCUCCAUUUUCAACAGCUUACUCGGUUUCAGGUAACUAGAAGCAUUUUCAACGUGGCUAAAACAUGAAAUGCACAAUCGUGGAUCAGCAUUGUCCAUGCAUUGUCCUCUGGCACCACAUUGUAGUCGGUAGUUCACGUGUAAUGUGGAGUAGCUGGAAAAAAAAGAGACACAUUAUUAUUACUUAAGCUAUAGAAAGAAAAGGAUGAGAUCUGCACGAAUGGCAUGGGCUUUUUAAAUAGCAGACAAGCCAGCAUUGGUUUUAAUUAGUCCCUCGUGCAAUGAGCACAUCUCAAUGCCUUAAAAGAAAAUUUGAGAAAUGAGCUUUGAGGAUGGUAUUGGUUGGCAAGAGAUAUAGAUCUUGAUAAUUACUUUUAUAUUAAGUUGAGAUGCCUUUUGUCACCUUCGAAAGGAGACACUAUAUUGAUGAUCUAAAUAUUCUAACCACCAUGGAUUCUCAUAUCUCUCUCUUUCCUGAUGGUGUAUAUAUGUAUUCCCGGAGAGGCAUUGAGAAGGCAGAACAAUCAUCGCUAUCUCUCUCAUCUUUAGCUUAAAGAUCAACAAAAUGGCAAUCUCUUUCCAUGUUCGCUCUAACAGUUUCCCUUCUAGACUUCACCCACAAGCUGCUCAUGUGGAUGAGCAGUUGAUUCGUUUGAGAUCUUCUGAGGAAGCGUCAACAUCUUCAAGCUCUUCAAUCUGUCAAAGACUUAACAGCCUUCAAGAGCUUCACCAAUCUCUUGAAAAACUUAUUCACUUACCUGCCACAGAGCAUGCUCUAGCUCAAGAGCAGAACAAGAAAGUCACCGAGCAACUUCUUGAUGGAUCUCUCAGGAUCUUGGAUCUAUGCAACAUUUCCAGGGACGCUUUGUCGCAGAUGAAAGAAGGUCUCAUGGAGAUCCAAUCCAUUCUAAGAAGAAAGCGUGGAGAUCUAUCAGGAGAGAUUAAAAAUUACUUAGCCUCAAGAAGAUCUCUCAAGAAGUCAUUCCAAAAGGUCGUCAAGAGUUUGAAGGUCAAACAAGACCUGAAGUGCAACGAUGACUCUUUGGCUGUGUUUGAAGAAGCAGAAGCUAUCAGCGUGAACAUUUUUGAUUCUCUCUUCUGCUUUAUGUCUGGAUCAAAGACUUGUAGCAAAUGGUCACUGGUCUCAAAGUUGAUUAACCAGAAAAAAGUUUCAUAUGAAGCUCAAGGAAAUGAAUUCACAAAGGUGGACUCCGAAUUCCAGUCUGAGAAGACCUUGAAGAUGGAGGACGGUCAGAACCUAGAGUCAUGCAUUCAAGAUCUUGAAGAUGGACUUGAAUCUCUCUCUAAGUCUUUGAUCAAAUACAGAGUUUCAAUUCUUAACAUCUUAGGCCAAUAAGCCUACAAUUUUUGUAUAUACAUGAAAGAAAAUUUAAUAGAAACUAUUUUAUGAUUUA